CAAUUAUUCUUUAAUCACUUGAGAAUCGACUACCACCUACUACCCCAUCCACCCUCUGAUUCAUCCACAUCCGUCUACAUCCAUCAACCAUCAUGUCUUCCACCAUCGAUCCCACCGGCCAGGACAUUCGCAAGGCCGAGUCCAAGGUCUCUCAGGCGCACGGUGGCAACCCCCCCAAGGAGUCCGACGUCUCCGCCUUGAAGUCCCACAUCAGCCAGACCACCGACAAGAAGAAGGAUAUCGAGCAGACCAAGGCCAACCUUCCUCUACCCGAGCAGCCCCCAGUCGCCAGUGACUGGUCGUCGGCCGACGCGCGAACCGUCAACGUUGGCUCCGGUCGCACCGAAGGCCCCGUUUCUGGAGAAGCCAACAGCGCUCUGAGGGAACCGGCGACUGCAGGAAGUAGCGUGCGCGAGUCGGGGAGCGAAUUGCACAAGAACACUGCGCCCACGUCCAAUGUUGGACGCCAGGGCAAGGAUAACCUCGACGGUCUUCCCAAGGAUGCCCUUGCUCGGUAA